ACAAAUAGUUUUGGUUUGUGAAUAACAUCUUAUGCGCAGUUAUUGGCUCUAGAUUUUUUUAAUUCUGUGAGCAAUGAACAUUUCAAUUGGAAAGAAGAUUUAGAGUACUAUAUGGAACCUUACGUAUUUAUUAAAUUAAUUGAAGUCACCUAGUAAUCCAAAAUUGUUUCUGAUGUUAAAAUACAGUUGUAUUAUCGGUUGCUUAUUUUGUGAUUGAUCUUAUGAUUAUACAGAUUCCAACGCAACUGAAUUUCUCAUUUUCUCUCAAAUUUAUUAGAAAUAUUUUAGUGUUAUAUGUGAAAUAUAACAUGUUUUAAAGAUCUGGAAUGUCUGACAAUACGGUAGUCAAUUGGUCCGAAAAAGAUGUAAUAGAGUGGUUGAAAUAUAAAAAAUUAGCUGAUGAAUUAUUGCUAUUAUUUAGGAAUCAUCAAAUAGAUGGUAAAACUCUUUUAUGUUUAAAUGAUUAUGAUUUUCGUAGUUCGCCUUUUAGUGAUCUUAGGGUAUCAACAAGGAAAAAGUUACAAUUAAAUGUUAAGUGUUUGCAACGUGAAAAUCAUGCCAGUUUAGUAGCUCUAGGUAUAAUUGAACCAAAUUGCAUUGGAGUCAAUUCAAUAGGAUUAACUUAUGAUAGUCAUCGUUUGUCUCAUGAGGAAAGUGAAUCCUACCCUGAUAGUGAGAGAAUAUCACCGCCCGUUUCAAUCGAUGGCAGAUCAACUGAGUUAAAGCCAGAAAUAUGGAAAGCUGGUCUAAGUAUAGCAUAUGCCUUUCUGGUGAUGUGGCUAACAUCGCUGGUGAUGGUUCUGGUUCAUGAUAGAGUGCCAGACAUGAAGAUCUAUCCUCCACUGCCUGAUAUAGUUUUAGAUAACGUGCCACACAUACCAUUAGCAUUUGCGCUAUGUGAGUUGUUAGGUGCAAUACUUGCAGUAAUAUGGCUCUUUGUGUUGCUUCUUCAUAGACACAGGAUGAUACUCCUUAGAAGAUUUUUUGCGCUUGCAGGAACAGUAUUUUUAUUACGUUGCGUAACAAUGUUAAUCACUUCUUUGAGUGUUCCUGGUACACACUUGAAAUGUCAACCCAGAGACCCCAAAGAAAACACUGCAUAUGGGUUCUAUGAUGAACUCUUAGAUAAAAUGUCGAGAGCAUUUGUGAUUUGGCGUGGAGGCGGUCUUUCAAUUCGUGGGGUUCGAACAUGUGGUGACUACAUGUUUAGUGGACAUACAGUAGCACUUACACUACUCAAUUUUUUUAUUACUGAAUAUACAAAUUCAAACUAUCUUCACAUUGUGACUUGGAUCAUGAACCUGUUUGGAAUAUUUUUCAUAUUAGCAGCACAUGAACACUACUCCAUUGAUGUCUUCAUUGCUUUCUACAUAACAUCACGCUUGUUUCUUUACUAUCAUACAUUGGCAAAUAACCAGGCACUAAUGCAGAGAGAUUCAAACCGAACAAGGAUUUGGUUUCCCCUUUUUAGCUAUUUUGAAAGCUCAGUUGAUGGAAUAGUACCUAAUGAAUAUACUAGUAUAUAUGAAAUGAUAACUGAUUUUUAUUACUGGUAUGUCGAGAAGCAAUUUUUAUGCAUUGUGAAUAUCAAACGUAUUUUUAGAACUAUAAUGAUUCAUUCUCAAACGCCUACUGACAGAAGUGUAACUACUGAGGAUGUAAAUCAAAUUAACGUUUCCACAAAAAAAACUCUUUGACUUUUUUAGUUGGAUUUAGCGAAAUAUUAUAUAAAGUGAUGGAGAGUGGUUGGAUGAACUUAUAAAUUUAAGACUCAUAUUUUUAUAAUAGUUUAAUUUAUUUAUCACUGUUAAUUAAAUAAAUACAUG